GUCCUUUAUUUAACUGUGGUGUAUUGAAAGAUUAGAGGCGUUUUUCUUCCUUCGUGCUGUUUUGUUUUACUAUUGUUGUUAUUUUACUAUUAUUGUUAUUUUACUAUUAUUGUUAUUCUUUUAGUUUGUCUUGGUUCUACCCAGAGCUUGAUUGAUUGGUGAGUAAUUGUUGAAUUCAUGUUUUAUCGGUGGUGCUAAUGCCUAUGGAAUCGGAUGCGCCCUUGGCAGUACAAUGUUUUACACGGUUAAUCUUUUGUUCCGAUUUAAUAGUGACUGCUUACCUUUCCAAAAAAAAUGUGACUGCUUCACAGUCAUUGAUGUGUUCCAGAGUUCACAGUUCCACCCUCAUAUUCUGUUGUAUUUUAUGAUUUUAUUUUCUGUUGGUAGAUGUGGACUUGUGGAGUUAUGUAGUUUUCAGUAAAGUGAUGUUCAGGAUGUCUUAUUGGAGCCUUGAUCAUCCCAAGGUGUCUGAGAUACAUUAUAUUGACUUCCCUUUGCGGAUGUUUACCUGGUAAGCUGUUGCAGAUUCUGAGGUUGUUUUCUUGAGCUGCUGUGCAUUUGUCAGACACAAUGAAAGCUAGAGAACCCAAGAAAGCAAGUUGAUGUGUUCCAGGGGUCGUGUCAAAUGGGAUGAGGAGAACUUGAAUGACAUUGAGUCAAACAAACCAGAAAGAGAGAAGAUCACGGAGCCUAAGACACCUUACCACCCUAUGAUCGAUGAAGAUGAAGGGCCUGUUUCACCGUUACAUCUCAGUGAAGAUCCAGUGGAUCAAUCUGCUCAUGCUGAUGCCAUAAAGACUGCUCUAGCUGAAGCUGUUUCAAGUGGGAAGAUUUUUGACAGAAAUAGUUGGGAUAUGUGUGACAGUGAAGAAGCCAUAAAACAUGGGAAAGCUUUUGAAGAGCACCGGAAGGUUCACUACGACGAGUACCAUAAGAUGAAGGAACUGCUUCAGAAGGGAACCAUGAAUGAUGACGCAGAUGAAGAUGAGAGUGAAGUAGGCAACAGGAAGGCUUGACGGUUCUGUCCCGGUCUGAACUCGGGAACGUGACUUAGAAAAUCCACGGUAUCAUGAGAAGUGUGUUAGAGUACUCAAGGACUACUACUAGACGUAUUUGCUAUGCAUAACUGCUUCGUCAUUUUCUGCAUAAAACUUGCCAGUUCCCUCCCUUAGCAUAGUAAUAAGGAAGUUUAUGCCAUGACUUAAGCAUCUUUGUAAACUGCAACCAAGAGUGUUUCUGUACCCGGUCUUGCCCAACCAGAAUGCAAGCCCGGAAUUGUAAGUACGAACUAUGCAUGAAUGGACCGAUCCUGUUGCUAGACGAGCAUCAGGGCCUUCAUUGAGCCGUAUGGUCUCAUGGCAUGUAAAGUUGAGCACGUUCUGGUUACCUGGGUGUGAAAUUGUUCAUACA